AUGCAGUUUGCUGAUAGCCUCGUUUUGGCAGUGACUGCAGGAAGUGCGCUACAUCUGAGUGAAACAGCUGAAGAUCCAUUUGAGUGCCCAAACAGUCCUCUGGGUGAUGAGGUGGAUGAGGACUACAUGGACAUAGAAGAACUCAAAUUUUACAGAGAGACCGCCCUCAACAUGACCAAUUCUCUAAGAAAUCACGUUGGAAGUGGAUACGAACAUACCAAUUUGCCAACCGGAGAGAUCAAAUCCCUGAAAUACGAUUGCGAGCUUGAGAAGAAAAUGUAUGAUUAUUUAAACUGCAGCUUAGAAGAAGGAGAUCCCGUAUGUGCAGAUGGGUCCUGCAAUUUUGCAAAGGUUGAAGCAGGACCAGCAUUUGUGGCAGUCAGUGAGGUUUGUUAUAUGCGUUAA